UCUGACUUGACUCUUGAUGGCUCCGUUGCUACACCGGCUUCUCUCUUGUCCUCCACUGUCCAAUCUGUUUGUUAUAUUUGUAAAUCAGCCUACAUAUUAUCUGCCUGUUGUUUCUGUGACGCUUGGAUCAGUGGCGCAUACUGUGCAGUCUUUACGCACGACUGAUAUGCGAAGAAAAGCGGAGAUGCGCUCUCCGGACUCACUUCAUUGAUGGUCGUGAGCUUCCAUCAUAGGCCCUCCUCUCUGAUUAUACAGGAGCGAGUUCCUCAUAUCAAAAUGGUCCGGUGAUAUGUAGUUUCGAAUCGAGGAGGGUUUCAUAGCGAUAAGGUCAAAACUUGUCUUUUGAAAAAUGAAGAUUUGGAGCACGGAGCAUGUUUUCAGUUACCCAUGGGAGACGGUGAUCAAGGCUGCCAUGAGGAAGUACCCAAACCCCAUGAACCCUAACGUGGUCGGGGUGGACGUGUUGGAUCGCAGUCUGGAUAAAGAAGGACGCCUGCACAGCCACAGACUCCUCAGCACAGAGUGGGGCCUCCCGGCCAUUGUGCGAGCAAUAUUAGGAACCAGCCACACGCAGACAUAUGUGAAGGAACACUCCAUCGUGGAUCCAGAGGAGAAAAAGAUGGAGCUGUGCUCAACAAAUAUUACUCUCACCAACCUGAUUUCAGUGGAUGAGCGGCUUCUUUACAGACCACACCCAGACAACCCUGAGGUUACCGUCCUGACCCAGGAGGCCAUCAUCACAGUCAAGGGAGUGAGUCUAAGCAGUUAUCUGGAGGGCAUGAUGGCUAGGAGAAUGUCAGCUAACGCCAGGAAGGGUUGGGAUGCAAUUGAGUGGAUUAUUCAGAACUCUGAAAGAGAGAACGUACCUCUCUGUGACAUUUACUAACUCUGGACUGCAGCUCCACAGUGAGGCCUACUUUCCCCACUACACCUCAUAAACCAACGGGGAUUCUCAGCAUCUUGGGAUCCUCUGCAGUUGGUACCUUUACCGUCUUGCACAGGAAGCUCAGACAAAUGCUGCCAAAGCCCAA